CGUCCGUCACCGUCAAGGCUGGUCGCGGGUAGAAAAAGGAGAAGAGAUCUCCGUUGCCGCCGAGCCAAACGCAGGAGAGAGAAGGAGCCCGCGGGAGAGGAGCUUGUUGCUACCGCUGCCAUGGCUUCCUUGCCGUCGCCGUGGUUAGGUAGUCACCAGAGGGAGCCGUCGUUGUCAGCGCCGCCAUCGGGGUUACCGCCGCUUCUGCCGCCGGAGAACACCUCUGCCGCCACCGAGAUCUACCGCCGUCGCCGUUGCCAGAGUUCUGGUCGCCGCUGCCGUUCGAGGUGGCUGCCGGAGCUGCCGCCAAACCGGUUCAGCGACCGCCGCUGUUUCAUUUUCUUAGUUCGGUUAAGAGAAACGGUUUUGUUGGCGCGUUUUGAGUUAUGGUUUCGACGAGUCGAGCUUUACCUUUUCAGGAACCGGAAGAAGCGUUAUGAAGAGUUACACUACGUUUGGCUUAUAUGUUGUUGUAUUCAUUAGAUUAUUUUUCUUCCCUCGUUUUUGUUAUUACAAGUUUGUAAGAGGGAUAGGAAUUGUAUGUUUUAUAUGUAUAAUAUAAAGUUAUUAUGUAAGGAGUCUUGUAUAUGAAUCUAUGCCUGCUUGUUUAUUUUAGAUGAAGUAUGUAUUUCCGAUUUAUAAAGUGAUCAGCGAUACAAUGUCGA